ACGCAUCUUGACCGACUUGGCCGGAAGGUGGAUUUCUCUUUGUGCUUAAAGAAAAGAAAAAUGUGUCUGUAGAGAUGAUUUGCAGUUCAGCCCGGCUGAAGCUGACCGAAUGAGACUAUGGGCUGUGCCUCCGCCAAGCAUGUUGCCACGGUUCAAAAUGAAGAGGAAGCCCAGAAAGGGAAAAGCUACCAGAACGGAGACGUGUUUGGCGAUGAGUACAGGAUCAAACCAGUGGAAGAGGUCAAAUACAUGAAAAAUGGGGCGGAAGAUGAGCAGAACAUAGCAGCCAGGAACCAAGAAAACUUGGAAAAAAGUGCCAGUUCAAAUGUAAGACUUAAAACCAAUAAAGAAGUCCCGGGACUAGUUCAUCAACCCAGAGCAAACAUGCACAUCUCUGAAAGCCAACAAGAAUUCUUCAGGAUGCUGGAUGAAAAAAUUGAAAAGGGUCGAGAUUACUGUUCGGAAGAAGAGGAUAUCACAUAGCGCCAAUUCUACCACUCAAACCAGGAGCUACUACUGUGUAAAUAAAUAGGUUACACCCCAAUUGAAAUCUUUGGAAAGGUCGGUUCUCUGCAAUGAACAGCGCUAUUAACAAAGAAGAUCGUUCCAUAUCGUAUGCCCCAUUAAAAAUUACAGUGUUUCUUAAUGAACUUGCAAAGGAAUCUUGCUAAAACACACACACACACACACACCACCACCACAACAACAAACAACAACAGGAAACUAUUAUUGAACUUUCUUUGUUGCUGCUAGUUAAAACUUGUUGCAACUUCUCACUUCUCUCGUGUCCUGGUAUGCAGCAGAAUUCUGCAGCUUCACCUUCAAGAGACUGUUGGUUUUACAGCUGCUCUCCAACCUAUUUUCUAGAAGAUGAGGUAGUGGUGAACGCAGAUCUCAAGCUUCUGUUCUAGGAUGGUUCCGCUCCUCAGACAAGCGUCUCCUUCCCCCUCUCUCUUUCCUUUCUCCCGUCUCUCCCAAGUAGUCCGGAGACAGACCGAGCCUUGCUUCUCACUGGCAAUGCUGAGCUUUGGAGGUGGGAUGGUUGCUAUGGCAAGCCUUGGUUCUCUGCUAAAAAGAAGUAAGAGAAGCUGUCACUGAUGUAAAAGCAUGUUGUGCUAAGACUCCUGGAAGUGACCAGGGAGCAGAGCAGCAGGUCGUUCCAUUUAAUAAAUCUCCUAACCAAGGAUUAAGCUUGUGACAUUGGCUUUACUCAGAUGCAGAUGGAAGUGUGAUCACAAUCACUUUGAACCCCUCCGCCCCACUUUUUUUUCUAAGAAAAUAAACAUUUUACUGUUUUUAUGUA